AUGGUGUCUAGUAAUCCAUACAAACCUGAUGAGUGUAACAGCAUUCGUGGGACAUCCCCAGCAGAUAGGUUACAAGUUGCGAGACGAACACGGUUGUGUUUUUCACGUUUGCAAGAAGUGCAUACAAAGGUGAACUGUGAAUCAGUGAGCACGUUUAGUAGUAAUCUAAAUGUGAAACCAGCGUCAUCUAGGUCUGACCACGAAUUGUGUGACUAUAUUUGUGUUGUGAAUAUGUCUGUAGUUGCGGCCGGUAAGCCAUUGUUGAAUGAAGUGUCACAAACGGCAGCCCAGUUUGUGCAGAAGAAGAGAGUUACAGUUUCAGAGUCUGGUUCUGACGCCAGAAGUUCACAAGGCAUUACUGGUCAGAGUAAAGGCAUAAAACCUUUAAGGACUUGUGGGGAAGAACCCAAAUUGUCUACUGCUGUUAUUAAAGAGUUUGAAAAUGAUGAAGUCAAUCAUACAAACGGUGGUAAAGUGGAUAUUUGUGACAAUGACCAUUGUAGUGCACAUUUGUCUUUGGCUGAUCAUGGUGAGAUGAACGGAAUGUCUACUACUACUGAGUUGAACAAAGGUUCUGUGCAACUUGAACGUGGAGUAGAAUUAAGAGCAGAUGCGAUGGCAGAAGGUGUGGAUACUCAUGAGACCGUUAGAGUAAAUGAUCAGCGUGUAGCCCACCUAUCGACAGAUGUUAAUGCUAAACUGGAGCCAACGAUAAAAAUAGCAACGUUCUGA